AGAGGCAGCAGAAGCUGAUCAAAGAAGCGGGAGAAGGAAGAAUAGCAGGCGUGAGCAAAGGGGAUGGAAGAGCCAAGGGAAUAGGCACUAACACAGUGGGAGUGUCUCCAGAUGGAAGGAAUGUGCUUGGUAUUGAUGUGGUGAAUGGGCGCAUUGUCAGGCUGAGUUACCCUGGCUCACAAAGAAUUCCUGUCUCUAACCCCCCUGAUGACAUUUUGCCAGAAAUAAGCCAUCAACUUACUGCCAACACAAAUAAAAGCUGGGAUUCCUUGAUUUCUCCUGAGAGCUAGAACAGAGCAGAGCAGAGCAGAGCAGAACUUUAUUCCGUGCAUCAGCUAUAACACACUACUGAAUGGUGGUGGCCUGAUUUUGCACAUCCAGCAUGUGAUAAACCAAUUGAUUGGGGGAUUUACAGACAUUUCUAUUCUUCACAUCAGCCAAUGUGAAAAGCAUCUGCCAAUCACAGAACUGCAUCAGGAAUGGAUCUCCAGCUGCAUUGAUCCCGGAAUAGAUAUGCAGAAACCCAAAAUAAAGCAGAGGCCGAGGGGAUUGUGCAGCUGGGCUGUGAUCUUCCCUCUAUUAAGUGGUAUCAUGCUGAGAAAAUAUUGUCACCUGAAAUACAUUGUUACUGGAUUAUUGUUGGUGGUGGCUCUUAUUACUUUAAUCACUGUGGCUAUCAAACAGAAUUUGUCUUCCACCAGGAACCGUAAAUAUGGGAUUGUGUUGGAUGCCGGUUCUUCCCAUACGAAUAUGUAUGUAUAUGAAUGGCCAGCUGAGAAAGAGAAUAAUACAGGAAUGGUACAUCAGAUUCACGUAUGUGAAGUAGAAGGUCCAGGAAUCUCAUCAUAUGCUAAUGCUGUGGAAAAUGCCAGUGUCCCCCUAAAGCACUGUAUGGAUUCAGCGAAGGAGAUUGUGCCACAGGAAAAGCAUCAGGAGACGCCUGUUUACCUAGGAGCAACAGCUGGCAUGCGACUGCUGAGUUUGAAAAAUAAGGAUGCUGCUAAGAGGGUUCUCUUUGCAGUGGAGGAAACAUUGCGUAUAUAUCCGUUCAAGUUCCAGGGUGCCAGGAUUCUCAGUGGUGAAGAAGAAGGUGCUUAUGGCUGGAUAACUCUUAAUUACUUACUGGGCAAAUUUACAGAGUCUAUCUGGCCAAAAGUAUUUGCCCAUGCUUUCUUCAAAAGUAGGACAACAGGAGCACUGGAUCUUGGAGGAGCAUCUACACAGAUUACCUUUGUACCCGAUCCAGAUAAAAUUGAAUUACCAACAGAUAUAAUAAAUUUCCACCUCUAUGGCAAAGAAUACAUGGUAUAUACUCAUAGCUUCUUAUGUUAUGGGAAGGACCAAGCUCUUCGACUCAAGCUGUUACAAGAUGUUCUUUCUUCAACAACUGACAGACUCCAGGAUCCAUGUUUCCACCAAGGAUAUGUGAGGACACUUAAUGUUUUUGAUCUGACCACAAAUCCCUGCACAGCACGUAACAUCACUGCACCGUAUUCUCAGAUCCAAAUCCAAGGCGAUGGGAAUUAUGAAAAAUGCUUAGAAAGCAUCCAGAGAAUCUUUAAUACUGAAGACUGUCUUUACUCCAGCUGCUCAUUCAAUGGCAUUUUCUUGCCUGAGGUAUCUGGAGAAUUUGGGGCAUUUUCUGCUUUCUACUAUGUAAUGAAUUUUCUAAAUGUGACCGAAAAACCUAUGGACCAAGUGAUAGAAACAGUGAAGAACUUUUGCUCCAAACCCUGGAAUGAGGUGAAAGCCGAAUUUCCUAAGGUAAAAGAGAAGUACUUGAGCGAGUACUGUUUCUCGAGUACAUACAUUAUCUCCCUGCUCAGCCAGAGAUACAACUUCACUAAGGAAAAAUGGCAGAAUAUCCACUUCCUGGAGAAGAUUCAAAACAGUGAUGCAGGAUGGACACUGGGCUAUAUGCUAAACCUUACCAACAUGAUCCCAGCAGAGCAGCCUUACACACACCUCUUGUCUCACGCAGGUUUUAUCAGCUUCAUGGUCCUCUGCUCUGCUCUAGUGAUGACUCUGCUCUUAGUAGGCUGGAUUAUAUAUCACAAACCAAAGUGCCUGAGAAAGGAAAUAAUUUAGGAUGCAGAAGGAAAUUUGACACAUCUAUGGAAACACUGUGGUCAAGAUCAGGGGUUGUACUUUCCUACUCUGCUCUGCUGAAAUAUCUAGUUUAUAUGAGAGCUUUCUGGGCGGUUUGCUCAGGCACCAACAGAUGCCAAAACAACAGCAUGCUACCAUUCUAUUCAUCUCCCUCAGAUUGAAGAUUCACUUCUCAUCCUGCUCUAAUUGAGGGUUGAUAAAUUCUUGCAUGUUGUAUUAAAACAAACCCUACUUCUCUCAGGAAUGCCACUUCAAUCAUACAUUGCUUUGGUUCUGGAAAUACAGCACAGGAACAUCCAGUCAGAUGGGCUGAACACUGCAAGGACUAACUUAUGCCGAGAGCUGCAGCUGCUCUUCGAUCAUGUGUUUUCUUUCAUGCUACUGGAAAAAACACAAGCAUUCAGAAAUACCAUCUACCACCCAAUUACCAAUUUGAAGUAGUCCUUUAUUAGAUUUGUGAUAGUAUUUGUAUUAUUUCAUUGUAGUAGUAUUUGUAAUAAUUCAUCUAUGAAAGAGGUUGAAAGUGAAAACCUUUGACAAUAGCUUAUUAAUUGCUGGGAAAAGAAGGGAAGAGUACUCUCCCCUAAAAGCUAAGGAACAAAAUGCAGCUUAUGAAUUUGCAGCUUGACCAGGAAAAGGAGCAGUAAAUUAUUCCUGAUUGUAACGGUUGGUACCUGAGUAACAGGCCUUGCACUGAUGAACUGUUUAUGAAGUAUUUGGAUUCACUGUCAGCUGCCUUAUGUAAGUUAUAUAGUUCUUGGGCACUGAGGUUUGAUUUCACACUGUAUAUUAUCAAAAUCCAUUGGUAUUAUUAUUAUUAUUCAAAAACUAUACUGGGGAAGAGGGAAACAACCCCUUCGCAACCAAAUUCACAUGCUUGCAAUGCAGACGUUCUUAAGGGUAGGACCUGUGGAAGAAGAAUUCCUUCUUACAAGCACCAAAGGAAUGUACCUAGGGGAUAAAAAAACUACCUUGCACUGAGGUUUUAUUGUAAAUUAGGAAUACAGGUAGUCCUCGACUUACAAUAGUUCGUUUAGUGACUAUUCAAACCUACAACAGCAUUAAAAAAGUAACCUAUGACCAUUUUUCAGACUUACGACCACUGUAGCAUCCCUAUGAUCACAUGAUCAAAAUUCAGACAGUUGGCAACUGGUUCAUAUUUAUGAUGGUUGCAGGGUUCCUGGUUCAUGCGAUCAACUUUUGCAAACUUCCGGACAAGCAAAGUCAAUGGGGAAGCCAGGUUCACUUAACAGCUGUGUUUCUAACUUAACAACUGCAAUGAUUCAUUUAACAACUUUGGAAGAAAGUUUGUAAAAUGGGGCAAAACUCACUUAACAAAUGUCUCACUUAGCAAAUUUUGGGCUCUGUGGUCGUAAGUCGAGGACUACCUGUAUAGUCAAAGCUUUUCCAGCAUUCCUAUAACAAAUGAGCCAGUCUGUUAAUCUAGCCUGUCUGCUGAUUAGCAAACCUAAGUUAUCCUCUGGUAACAUUAUUGAUCCAGCAACAUUUGAAAACAUCAGCAGCCAACCUGCCUAUACAUCUAUGCCACUCUUGCUAUUUGCUUCAGGAUAGAAACAUUUCUGCCAAUCUCAACCCUUCUGGAGAAUCAGACCAAUGGAAUAAGCCUGUCAUCCAGUGAUGAAAUUCAAUUUUUUUUUACUACGGGUUCUGUGGGCGUAGCUUGGUGGCCAUGGUGUGGCUUGGUGAGCAUGGCAGGGGAAGGAUACUGCAAAAUCACCAUUUCCACCCCAUUCCAGGGGAAGGAUACUGCAAAAUCUCUAUUCCCACCCCACUCUGGGACCAGCCAGAGGUGGUAUUUGCAGGUUCUACGAACUACUCAAAAUUUCCACUACCGGUUCUCAAUAACUUGUCAGAACCUCUGGAUUUCACCCCUGCUGUCCUUCACCAAUAAUCAUGGCUUUAGUUAGGGAAGAUUCAUGCAGACAGAGCUGAUAUAGUAGGGAAAAAAGUAAAAGCCAGUUUGGCCUAGUGGUUAAGGCAUUAGAACAUGGAGGACCAUGAGUUCAAGUCUCACCUUAGCCAUGAAAACCAACUUGGUGACUUUGGGCCAGUCACUCUCUCUCAGCCCAACCUGCCUCACAGGAUUGUUGUUAUAUGGAAAAUAGGAGGAGGAAGGUGCGUUUGAUACGUUCGCCACCUUGAGUUAUUUGUAAAAAUAAUAAAGGUGGGAUAUUAAAUAAAUGCAUAUAUAUGGUCAAUCAAAUUUUUCACCCACCAGCUUUCCAGUUUUCAGAAGAUUAGAUUUAUCUUGUGUUGCAUAUUACAGUAGAUCAAAUCUGAGAGUUUAAAUGGUAGGAUCACAUGGUGGAAAAUAUGGGGAGAUAAUCAGAGAUCCAGAGGCUGACAGUUGAUCUGGUAGGCAUCUGAUACCGGCAUUGAAGGAACUAGGAUAGAUAAAGGAAAUGUUCAUGCUGUUUGGCUAUUUUAAGGAAUCUGCUUUUAUUUAAUCCAUAAUUAUAGAAACAUAAAAAUAGAAUAUAGAAACAUUGUUUAACAUAACGAAGUGAUUCACGAAUGUUAAGCAUUGGUCCAUUUGGGACAUACUUUUCUUAAAUUAUAGUAGCUUAUUUGUUCAUUUCUUAGUUACAAACCAUGUUUAUAAUCUACAGCGUUUGAGUUGACACACUGUACUAAGUCAUAAGAUGGCACAUUUUGUCUUUGUACAAUGUAUAACUCUAAAAUUAGCAAGAAUUUUAAUGGCCCUUCUUAUUUAACACAGAAUGUUUUUCAACAAUGUGGUUCCCACCUCAGGAAUUUUAUUUCAAACAAGUAUACUUUUGACAAGUAAUGAUAUGGAUUACCAUUUAAAAGAGUUUGCAAAGACAUGAAAGAGGAUAGUAUUUAAAAUCUAAUGAAUAGAAGUAAGAGAACUUGAAUGAGAAUUCUGAAUCAGAGUAUGAAACAUAUUCAUGCUAUACUCAUAUCAUAUUCAUGCCCGGUAAGUAUUGACUACAUUUAUGUGUCAGAAUUGUUGGGAAUCUUGCUUAAGUGAGAAUAAGCAUUACAGCAUAUACUAUGCCAGAUAUUCACAUGCCAAUUACUCAAAAUAAGCAUUCAUUUUGCACUAAUUUUUCAAAAGCUUUUUUACUAGUCACCAAAUGCAUUCAUGUUAGUGAAGUGGUUUUCUAGAUGAGUUGUAUUUAUACUCACUCAUCUUUGCACAUUCAGAACCUUCCUUAGUCCAAAUAUGGAAUAGAUAAAUAAAAAUAAAUAACAAUGUUCUACCUGCUUCCCAGCUACUUUGGAAUUUUAAUAGGAAAAAAAAUCAGUUGACAUUCUUUCAGUAUUUUUCUGCCUUACUGAUUGGAGUGAGACAGUCACUAGAACAAGUGACAAUCUCGUUAUUCUGCCAGUCUGAUACUAUUCAGAUGUGCUGGACUACCAUCUCCAUCAUCCCCAGUUUGCAUGUCCAAUCCUCUUGUUGAAAAGAUGGCAGCACUGAUAGUCCUACAUUCCUGGAAGGCCCCAUGAUUGGGGAAAGCUUGUCUACCUCUUUAUAUUGAUCCUAGUUAAUAGGUGUCUGUUAUUCUUUUGUGAUUUAAUCUGUCCAAAUUACACAAUGUAUUUGGUCCCUUAUCCUGUUACUGGGAUUGCUGCUGAAUUCAUACUCUUUAAGAGGCUGAUUUGCAAGAAUCCCAACUGUAGGCAUAUGGUGGGAAGGGAAUUAAGAGCAAGGAAUGUACAGUAUAUUAUUAAACAUCUGUGUCCAGUAGCCCCUCCUGGCCUCAGGCUUGGAGGAGGAAUAAUUCAGGACUGGUGAUGCUGGAAUGCUGUCACAUACUUCCUGAAAAUAGUUUAAACCUUGUCUUUCCUGCUCAAAUGAAACAAAUAUUCACUUUAUACAUGUGUACAUCUCUGUAUUUAUAUGGCAUAUUAAAAAUGCUUUGAUUAAUGUCA